CUGGCAUCGGAUUCUGCUGCUGCUGCUACAAGCACCCUGGUGACCACGGCGUCGCUGCUGCAGGAGGUCCACGACUGUGCUGUCUUGACCUACCCUCGCAGCGUGAACGACAUUCAUGCUGUCGGAAACGGCAAACCUGUAUCUUUGAAUACCGGCGCGUGAAUGCAUUCCCACAGUUUUCUGGAUUUUUGCAUUGGCACCAACGCUGCAACAUGGCAUCGACGGCCGCGCUCCUCGCCGACCCCGAAGCGCUCUCCAACUACCUCAAGACCAAGAUCCGCACGAUCCCGGACUUUCCCAAGCCCGGCUCGGACUUCUGGGACGUGACGACGCUCGUGCUCGACCCCGAGGCCUUCCAGAUCACGAUCGACGCCUUUCUCCAGCGCUACAAGGACAAGGGUAUCACGCAUGUUGUGAGCUGCGAGUCGCGCGGCUUCAUCUUUGGGGCGCCGCUCGCGCUCGCAUUGAAGUGCGCAUUCGUGCCCGUUCGCCGCGCGCGCAAGCUGCCGGGCCACGUCAUUGGGAUCGACUACACGUCGGGCUUUUACCACGGUCGCUUCGAAGUGCAUGACGACGCAAUCCCCAAGGGCAGCCGCGUCGUCCUCAUCGAUGAUCUCGUCGCCACGGGCAACACGCUGCUGGUCACGUGCCAGCUCAUGCAGCAGCUCGGCGCCGAGGUCGUCGAGUGUGGCUGCGUCGUGUCCUCGUCCAAAGUCCACAAGCAAGAUGCGGGCCACGUCAAUGCGAUUGUGCUGCACCAGCCCGAGCACAAGAUCAACGCCACGGGGCCGACGGUCUUCAGCUUGACGUCGUAUACAGUCGAAGACCACAGCUAAACGCAGCACGCGCUUUUAACAACCACUUGAACGUACGACGACCUCGUCGGAGGGCCGUCCUUUGAAGCACAGACACUUGACUCCAUAAUGGGUCCAUUGGCAACGCCAAACAGUAUUUCACGG